UUUGAGAAAUCUGGUCUGCCUAUCAAUCAAAACAUUUCGUCAAAUUCGUCAAUAUUUCAGUAAAUUCGUCGUAAAUUAAGGUACAAUUGCGAACAAGUCUGCGCAAAACGACUCUCGAACCCAUCAAGUUCCUGGCGAUCAAACGUUUAUUUUCUGUUGUUAUUAACUUUGCAAUCGAAUACUUAUGAUGAGAAGUGUCAGGAGUAGUUUAACCAUCGGGAGACUUGCAGUUCAACCCAAAACGACCAAUAUUCGAGCUGGACUUGUGUAUAUUUUGGCUACACAACCUUGCAAUUCAGCCGUUGGCAAUGGCAGUCAUCGUCACUUCCACUUGUCUCAUGUCUGUGAUAAAUCCUCUAAAGAUACAACUACAGGGAACGAAGGCGGCAGCGGCAGCAAAUCCGGUGGCGAUGGCGGAAAAAAGGGCAAAAAUACGUUAUCGUGCCCAAAAUGCGGCGAUCCAUGCACGAAUGUCGAAACGUUCGUGAGUUCAACGCGUUUUGUCAAGUGCGAAAAGUGUCAUCACUUCUUCGUGGUGCUCAGCGAAGUCGAUUCGAAGAAGACAGUGAAGGAAGAUGCGCGACAGGGACAACGAAAACCCCCGCCGCCCCCCAAAAAAAUCAUGGAAUACCUCGAUCGACACGUUGUCGGCCAGGAUCUCGCCAAGAAAGUUCUCUCGGUUGCCGUGUACAAUCAUUACAAACGUAUUUAUCACAAUCUCCCAGCGACACCCACUGCCCCAAAUGCCGCGAAUGGCGGACAACCGAUGGAAUCUGUCGUGGGGCGCAACGAUUUGCUGCACAUUUCGGGCAUCGGGCACACGAUGAUGAGCAGUACGCCGACAGAAGUGCCAAGACCGCCGCCAACGCCGCCACAAAAUGCGCAUCCGGGAAGCGAAUUGCUCGAUAAGAAGACGCACGAUCUGAAGUUGGAGAAGAGUAACAUCUUGAUGCUCGGGCCAACGGGAAGCGGCAAGACGUUACUCGCACAAACGAUUGCCAAGUGCUUGGAUGUUCCUUUUGCGAUAUGUGAUUGUACGACGCUCACGCAAGCGGGAUAUGUCGGCGAAGACAUCGAGAGUGUGAUAGCAAAAUUGUUGCAGGAUGCCAAUUACAGUGUGGAACGCGCACAAACAGGUAUUGUUUUCCUCGAUGAAGUCGACAAAAUCGGUGCCGUACCUGGAAUUCAUCAACUUCGAGAUGUUGGCGGCGAAGGAGUACAACAAGGCAUGUUAAAAAUGCUUGAAGGAACGAUCGUGAAUGUCCCCGAAAAGAACAGUCCUCGAAAAUUGCGCGGAGAAACAGUACAAGUUGACACAACGAACAUCCUCUUUGUGGCGUCAGGAGCUUACACAGGUCUUGAUCGACUUGUUGCACGACGUCUCAAUGAAAAAUAUCUCGGUUUUGGCAUGCCCGCCAAUUCGUCAGAAGGUCGGAGAGCGGCUCAAGCUUCCGCAGCGCCAAUGGAUGACGAUCAAGCGGAACGAGAUGCUAACUUGAGAAAAGUGCAGGCGCGCGAUUUGGUUGAAUUUGGAAUGAUUCCUGAAUUUGUUGGUCGAUUCCCCGUUUUGGUACCUUUCCACAGCUUGGAUGUCGAAAUGCUUGUCCGGAUAUUGACUGAGCCGAAAAAUGCAUUGGUACCUCAAUACCGUGCCCUUCUCGGCAUGGAUCAAGUCGACUUGACAUUCGACCAAGAAGCAUUGAAAGCGAUCGCAACCCUUGCGCAGGAACGACAAACGGGUGCACGUGGCUUGCGAGCGAUUAUGGAAUCCCUACUGCUCGAUGUGAUGUUCGAAGUGCCUGGCUCCGACGUGAAAACCGUGCAUAUUACCGAGGACUCGGUCGGCGGUAAGAGUCCUCCGAUUUACAUGAAACGUGAAGCCUCGUCAGACAAAUCUCCGUCAUCAGAUCCAGACUCGACGUCACCGAAUUCGACGUCGACUUCGGAGGAAGAGGAGACAAAAUACAUUGUCUUAUGAAGGACCUCAUUUGUGUCAAAAACGGGCUCGAUUUUCGACGUAAGGAAGACUUACGAGGUCCCCCAAUGAAAAACUAUUGGUUAGUGUCUCGCGUGUGAAUCUUGUUACUAAAUUAAAAAGCUUCAUUUCGGAAUUUUUAGCACAAAAGCACCACUCAAUCGGCUGAAAAAAUGAGAAUUACCUUAAAUUGCUUUCACUGUGCUACAAAUUUCUCUCUCAAAAACACUUUUUUGUUGCAUUUUUCGUUACAUUCAUUAAUUUUUCUUUUUUUUCUUCUAAUUUUUUGAACUGCCUUUCACACCUUUCUUAUUGUGUCAAUUUUGUAUU